ACAAUUUGCCACUCCUGUCUUUAUAGAUGAAGCCUCUUCUGCUGCUUCUAGCUGUAGUGCUCGUCGCCGUUCAUGCGAAGAUGCAAAACAUCACGGUCAAGGGUACCACCAUUUGCAACAAGAAACGAAUGCCUGACGUGCUAGUGGAACUGUGGGAAAGAGACACCUUUGACCCGGAUGAUCUUCUUGAGUCAAAGAUGACAUCCAAUCGAGGAGAGUUUAUUGUAAAAGGAGGCCAAAAUGAGAUUGGCUCUAUCGAGCCCUAUCUCAAAAUUACGCAUACUUGCAAUGCAAAAAAGGGUUGCAAGCGAAUCACUGAGUAUGAAAUUCCGAAAUCGAAAAUCGGCACCGUUUACGACAUGACAUACGUGACGCUAGACAUCAUCUCCGCCAAAGAUAAGGAGAAAUGCUGAAUUUGAAUUCUCCCUUGCGCAAUAUAUCACGUAUAAACAGUCUGGC